UCGCCACCACCAUGCACCCCCACCCCCUAUGAUUCGUCUCCGCACCUUCUCAGAUUUGCUACCUCACCCCACCUCAAUUUCACACUUUUCAAUCUUUCAGAAGUGUUUGGACUCCCUAUUAGUAUUUAAUAGAAUUUUUAUUUUUCUUGAGCUUUGUUUGAAUGCUUUCAGAUGGCGAUUCGGUGUUGGAAAAUGAGAGCCAACUGUUAGAUGGUCAUCCGGCUGCCAUAACAGUAGUUGUGAGAUGGAUAAUGGUCACCGAUUAUAUUAUUGCAGAGUGUGAUGGUGGUGUCGGCAAUGGUGCAGAGUGUGAUGGUGGUAGAGUGGUCGUGUCGUCGAUGUCGGUGAAAAAUAAAGGGCAACAAUGUUGGAUUUUUUCCGCGGUGGCACAUCAUCCCGGCCAUAAAGAAACCCCUCAAGAAAUAUCAUUCCAGAGAGAAAGAAAAGAAAAGAGAAAGAAAAUGUUUGCAGCAGAGAAUGGGCUGAGAGGUGACCCAAGGCUUAAGGGCAUUUUUGAGGCCAUUAGAGUCAUUCCUCACUUCCCUAAACCAGGGAUAAUGUUCCAAGAUAUCACAACUUUGCUGUUGAAUCAUAAGGCCUUCAAAGACACUGUUGACAUUUUUGUUGAUAGAUACAAAGACAUGGGCAUCUCUGUUGUUGCUGGAAUUGAAGCUAGAGGAUUCAUGUUUGGCCCCUCAAUUGCCCUAGCUAUUGGAGCUAAGUUUGUUCCAUUACGCAAGCCGGGGAAAUUGCCAGGCGAACUGAUAUCAGAAUCGUAUGAACUGGAAUAUGGACAAGACCGUUUGGAUAUGCACGUUGGGGCAGUGCAAACGGGCGACCGUGCUGUUGUAAUUGACGAUUUGGUAGCUACGGGCGGGACUCUUUCUGCUGCAAUAAAACUUCUUGAGCGAAUGGGAGCUGAGGUGGUCGAAUGCGGUUGUGUCAUUGGCUUGCCAGAAGUUAAGGGGCAAACCAGGCUAAAAGGAAAACCAGUCUAUAUACUUGUCGAGCCACGGGAAUUAGGAGAUUGAUGUUGAGGAAGGAAAAUGAUAUGGUGGUUGAUAUGUCAAGAAGAUGUUGUGUUUGGCCGAAAAGCUUCUGGAUUCUGAGUCGUCGCACGGCGGGGCCGAGGCUUUAGCUAGUUAAUUUUAAAUGUGUACCCUCUUAUUUUCAUUGCUUCAAAGAUGAAUAUAUGUCCUAAAUGAUGUGUAGAGUUCAAGAACUACUUUUC